AUGAAACCGUUCCUACUCAAAAUCAUGCAUGAACCAAUCUCACGAACCAAUCCCUCUCCCUCUCAUACACUCAAGUUCAUUCUCCUUCUAACAACAAUAUCCCUUCUAGUUUUACUUUCCUUCCUUCCGAAUCAUUUCUCACUUUCAAAACUUGUCAAAUAUUCAUCCAAUACCAACAAGAAACUCAAUGUCACCAUAGAAGAACUCAGCAUCCGAGAAUACUACGAAGCCAUCCAAGACUAUGAUUGGAAUAUAUUAGAUGAUAACAAAACUCAUUACUAUAUUCACAUUAUUCAUAUUCGGUCGCAUCAAAUCACUGUGACACCAAAACCAUUCCUCACCUUCAAUACCACUGGAGUUCCAGAUUCCAAUGUUGAAAAUUAUUAUCAAUCUCUUCUUUCAGUACUCUCAACUGUUAACAAUCCAUAUGAAUUACUCGUAUUCCUAUCGAAAUAUGCGAAAAACUUUGUCGAGCCUCAAGCAUGUUGCAGUGUCGAUGAUGAUGCCAUGAUGGUUGGAUGGACAGCAGCAGAGCUUUUCUAUGUCGAUUCGAAUUUGACUGUUUCACUGGGUAAUGGUGAUUGGGAAUGGAUGACAUCUACCACAACUUCAACUACUUCAACUACUUCAACUAGUAGUAGUAGUAGUAGUAGUACGAAUCAUCGAUUGGCAAUGAAUGAAUUAUUACAACGACAACGACAACUAGUGAAUGACUUUAAAAGACCACGAUCUUCUACAUCGAAUGGAGUGAGUGUAAAACAACAGAAAACAUCUCUAAGUGGAGCUAAUUUUAAUGUGAAAAUGGGAGAAACACAUUGGUUAUUGGAUCAAUAUUGGGCCAGUCGUUCAGCAGUGACCAUGGAAAUUGAUUUAUUGGAUCACUUGUUGUUAAAUUUAAAGAAUAAUUUAUAUUUACAAACUUCUCACGUGAAUAAUUCAUUGACAUUGGAUCAAAUACAAAAUGUCACAUUUGGAGAUAUUUUCAAAGCAGUACCCACCGAUGGUGUCAAGUCAGUACUCGUUUUGAGAACAUCCACUCCGAUUGAUAUCACUACAAAUAUUACAAAUUUAUUCACAUCUGAACAAAUUAAUGAAAUUUCUGAAGUGAUUCGAGAGGAUAUCACGAAUAACAUUAUUGACAUUCUUGAACGUUUUGACAUGAAUUAUCCAGAUUGUAAAAUUUACAAUUCCACAGCAAGACAAGAUAUGAGAGAUUAUCACAAUGCACUACUUCGAUUUAUCAUGGGUUUUGGAUGGACAAAUUCAAAACAAAUAAUCUCCAUUAUGGUUUACUUGGCUCACAUCAAUGCAGUUGUGUAUGGAAAAGCGUACGAGAUGCCCUCCAUUUCCUACACUAAUUAUUUCUAUUGGAAUGCAAUGAAAGAUUUAUAUGAAAAGGGUGAUUUAGAUCAUGUAAUUAACACACCCGAAUUGAAUAUGAGUUUUAACACAUCGAGUCCAUUCUCCUCUGUAAAUAUGGUCGCGUUGUACACACUGUUGAGAAGAUAUUCUCAAGAUUUCAUUUCUGAAUUAUUCACACCCACUUCAUGUUUCAGUUCGUAUAAUUCCUAUCUCACCAUGUAUCACUAUAAUUAUGUGGAUGCUUAUGGCUACUUUGUAUAUAAGGAUGUGAUGCUUUAUUUGAUUAUCUUUGUUGGUAUAUUUUUCUAUUUGGGACUAUUUUUGACGUAUUUUAUUCAUCGAAAGACUGGAAAUAUUACGGUGAGAAGAAGAUUCUUGUUACCCUUCAUUGGGCCACUCUGUUUUAUGGCUCUUCCUAUUUACUUUAUUGAACCAGUUUGGAAUAGUCAAUAUAUUGACCUCUUUCGAUCGAAAACAUCAUUUUCAGUGACUGGAAUUUAUCCAAACUUUUUCAUUUCACUAUUUUUUGCAACCUAUAGUGUCACUGUAUUGAGAUUUUAUUAUUUAAAGAAUUUGUAUUGGAUCAUGAACAAAUUGGGUACUCAAAGUACAAGUUCCAAGAAUAUGAAAUUUCACAAAAUUAUGGUUUCUAAACCAGUAUCUGUUGUUUCAACCAUUGUUGUGACGAUUUUUGUUUUUGGAUGUUGGCUAGCUUAUUACUUUAAUGUUUAUGGAGAAAGUAGUGUUCAAACUAUUUCAGCCUAUAAUACUCAAUUAGAAUUACUCUUACUAGUACCAUUUGCAUCAUUGGUAAUUCUACUCGCUCUCAUUUGUAUUGUAUGUCUUGUGGUCGAUUUAGUUGCAAAUCGAAAGAAGGUACAACAACAAGGAUUUAUCAAAUUUUUCCUUGAUGAUCCAUUUUACUUGAGAAUUGAUUUGGCUCUCAUGUUUGUCGUGGCAGGCCUCGCAUGUUUCAUCUAUUUGGGCCUUGGAGAAAAAACCACACAAGCUUCCAAAGCUCUGUUAUUUGUACUUUUAGUGAUUUGUUACUUGGUAGUGGGAGGAAAUGUGAUCAUUUAUGAACUGACCAUGUCUCUCUUAUAUUUUAUACGAUAUGGAUCCUCUAAAUAUACUCGAUUGCAAUCAGAAAGUAAUCAAAAACCAUUAUUUGAAAUUCUUAUUUCAGAUCCAACCUUUAGACAAAUGUUUCGCGACUACUCUGUGAAUGAAUAUGCAGUAGAAAAUUUGCAAUUGUAUGAAGAGUUGGAAAAAUUGGAAAAGAAUUCUCAAUAUGUGACUUUGGAAGAUUUGCAACAUAUUGACGAGCAAUUUAUGAAACGAUUUUCUCCUUUUGAAGUGAAUAUUCCAGCAACGGCUCGAAAACAAUUUAAUGAGCUUUUGAAUCGAGCUCAAAACGAUUCUGAUGCUCUGCAAAUACUAUUUAGUGAUUUGAAAAGCACAUUGCACGGUCAAAUUAUGUUAAAUAUUAUGGAUACUUUUUCUAGAAUGGAGUUAACAACAGAAUUUAAAAAAUGGAAGGAAACUAAGGAUUUACAAAAAGAAAUUGAACUAGGGCAAUAA